AUCAAGAAGCAAUGACGUCGUGAGGCUGGUUUUCUGAUGAAUUUAUCAUAAAACAUGAGUGAUGGGGUCGAUCUUGAAAUCGUCAAAAAAACGCAACACGCCCUCGGAAAAUACGUCAAAAAACCCCCACUUUCGGAAAAACUGCUAAGCAAGCCCCCGUUUCGAUUCUUGCAUGAUGUCAUAGUGGCAGUGAUAAAAAAUACUGGAUUUCUAAAGGAUCUUUUCAAUCAAGACGAGCUGAUUGCGGACAAUGUGAAAGAAAGGGAGGCAAAAUUGGCCUUCCUCAACAAAUUAAUUGAUGCCGUUAAGAAUAUAACUAAUACUGACCUGAAGGUACGCGCUAGCAAAAUAAUAGCAGGUGCUCAACCAAACGAAACGAACCUACUCUUACAAGCAAUAGCGCAGGGAAUUGAGAAAAAACUUGAUUCGUCUGAAUACGUGAAACAAUUAAAAAAUUCGCAAAGUAGCAUCAAGAACGAUCAAGCCAAACCGAAGAGAAGUUCUAGCAAAGAAAUAAAAUUGAAUAAGUCCCCAAAAGAUGAGAAAUCGCCCACGGAACAUAAAAAUAAGGAGAACAGAAAUAGGAGCAAAGUUAGAGAACCGUCCAAGGAGAGAAAAAUACCUUCUAAAGAAAACGUUAAAGAUAAAAAAGAGAAGAAAAUAUCAUCAGUGUCGAGUUCGCGAACUAACAAAAGCGACAGUAAGACGAAGAAAACGGAAAAGUUAACCGCGAAAACAAAAGAUGUUAUUGAUUCUCCGGAAUCGAUUUCGAAGACCUCCGAAAACGCGUCAAUUAAGGAAACGUAUAGCGAGAAAGAUGAAGUGGAGAAUAAAGCAACCCCAACGAUCGACGACCCAAGCAAUAAUUUGGAAUCAAUAAAAGAAUCUGUCGCACGAGAAGAGACUGUGUUAGGCGAUGACGAUAGGCCAAAAACAAGAGAUAUCCAAAGUGGAUAUCUGUCCAAAAUGGGCAAGGAUAAACAAGAGGAGGAAGGAAAUGAUGAAGUAAGGGCUCGAAAAACUGAUGUUAAUAAUGGAAGAGCCGAUAUUGCAGUGGUUGAAAACGAUAAAAACACCGUCACUCCCGUGGCAAGGCAGAUGUCAGCCAGGCCAAAAUCUGCCAGGCCUAAGAGCGGGGAGUUCAAGGAAAAAAACGAGAAAUAUUCUGAAAACCAGAAGAAAAGAGUGGAAGGUCAGGAUGUCACAGAAAAUAUUGUGCUGCAGACCAGCAGUAGCGUCCAAAGGCCGAAGAGUUCGCUGAGGCCCCCCAGCGUGAGACCUUCGAGCGCGAGGCCCGGGGCCCCCCGUCUGAGGCCCGACUCGGCCCUCCCCAUCCACGAGGUGGUUCCCAUGGGAAAGAUAAACGUCAUAGUGGAAAACUUGGACAACGACGGGGAAGACGAAGACACGGUGGUCAUUCAUAACGCGGCAGAGGAACAGGCUACCGCCGAGCCAAUAGCGGAUCUGCCGGCGAAGAACCAGAGCCACCUGGUCGAGCAGAUCCUGGACCAGAUCAAGGAGAACGAGGAUUUGCCGAAGAGUAAGGCUGACAUCGAUUGGGAGCAGGAUAAUCUCAGGGGACGAGACACGACCAGCAAAGAGAUGAACCAACUGAGAAACCUGAUACAGAGUUUCACGAAAUCGGCGAACCCCUUGGGAAAACUUCUCAAUUAUCUGCACGAAGACAUCGAGACCAUGCACGCCGAACUGCAGCAAUGGACCAAAAUUAAAUCGCAACUGUUCGCGGAGAUCGCCAAACAGGAAAAGCUCAAAUUGGAAAUGGAGAAACCCCUACAGGAGAAGUUGGAGAAUUUGAAGCAGGAAAUAGCGAAGCAGGAGCAGGAAAUAGUCGACGUUAGAGCGAAUAUAAUUAGAAACGACAUAAGAAUAAGAGAAUUGAUCAACAAAUGAUGUGCCUUAUAACGUGACCUUUCGAGAAAAAAAAUGUUGAAAUCAGAGUAAUCUACAUUGAUACGUUAUACAAGAAACUUUUAUAUAACAAAAAACAUUGAUCUAUUUUGCUACGUGUGAAAUAUUCGAUCGGAAAGUUUGAGACGACCUUGCAACCAAAAACUGUAAAUUAAGGAAAAAUUUUUCGGUUACAUAUAAAUUACCUAUUUAUUAGAGUCAAUGUAGAGUAUCACCUUCUUCCACUUUAAAACCAAAUACGUUAUGAUCACUUCUGUAGGUUAUACAUUAAUAUUCCCCUCUUUUAAUGUUUUAUUCAAUUAGUAUUGUUUUGUUUGGAAAUAAAGUAUAAAAUCAGUUCUUA